AUGCUCAAUGGGCUGUUGUUCACUUAAACUAUCAAAGCCCAGUUGUGUAUGCUCAAUCGGCUGUUUUUGGCCUCAGUUCUGUGGAAGUAAUAGUGAGGAUCAGAGUUCUGAUAGACUGUACCAUACUUCCAGGAAUGUGCACCACAUAACUAGCAUUCAGAGUUGGGAAACAAAUCUACUACGAGCCAACCAGGAGGGACAGAUUGUUGUGGCAAACUUUACGGCAUCUUGGUCUAAUCCCUGUAAAGAUAUUGCACCUACCUAUGCUGAGCUGGCCGACAAGUAUUCGAGCCUUUUGUUUCUGACAGUAGAUGCUGAUGGGCUUGCUGAGUUGAGUAGUUCAUGGGAUAUCAAAGCACUUCCAACAUUCUAUUUUCUGAAAGAUGGACGACAAGUAGAGAAGCUUGUUGGGGCCAACAAGUCAGAGCUACAUAAGAAGACAGCCACGAUGGCUAUGUUAUCUAAGGCUCCUCAUUGAGUCCCACCAACGUAUCUUCCACUGGCUGCAUCAGCAUUAUUGCUACAAAUAUGUAUAAAUCAGUUCUAUUGGAGAGC